UCCCGACACUAGAAACACAUUUAGCGUAUACGCUUCCGCAUAUCGAAAUGGCAGGAUAUGUCAUGCCGCACUUUACCCCAAAACCCCGUGACAUGCAGUGAGUUCGUGAUGAGUUCGGUGCUAGUCGAAGCCGCCUCCUCCACCGUAGAAGAUCUCUAUACGUUUAAAGACGAGCCCGAGUCUCCUGUCUCGCUCGACUUUUCAGAUCAGCAUAUAGAUAGCGCUAGUGCUGGCAAAGCGGCGGCUCCGUGCAAGGUGUGCGGGGACAAAGCUUCGGGAUACCACUACGGCGUCACCUCCUGUGAAGGCUGCAAGGGUUUCUUCCGUCGGAGCAUCCAGAAGCAGAUCGAGUACCGGUGCCUGCGGGACGGCAAGUGUCUGGUCAUCCGGCUCAACAGGAACCGGUGCCAGUUCUGCCGUUUCAAGAAGUGCAUUGCGGUUGGCAUGAGCAGAGACUCCGUCAGGUACGGACGAGUGCCAAAGCGACCGAGGGAAGCCGUCAUGGAGAGCAUGCCCGAUCUCGCUAGGAACCUGGUACCGGCUCCGGUCCCGGCCCCGGUGGAGGAGAUCGACAACGAAGUCCUGCAUCAGGACCUCACUAAGGAGAUGGUGAGGAUAGUCCUCACCGCGCACCGAAUGUUCGGCCCGUCGUCCGCUGAGCUCAAGGACGGCAUCCAAGUACGAACGAUCCGACUGAACCUGAACGAUUCCGAUGAAGGGAGCGGCGACGACGCACCAAGUUCGUCCACAGGACGUCCUGUCGACGUUCUGUCGACUCUGUGGUACCAUAUCGCCCACCGAAUGACCCCGUCGGUGCAGCAGCUGGUGGAGUUUGCUAAACGCAUCCCCGGCUUCAACCUGCUGCCGCAAGACGAUCAGCUUAUACUGAUUAAGCUGGGCUUCUUCGAGGUGUGGCUGACGAGGGCGACCAGGGUGUCCACUCCCACGACCAUCGUGUUCGAAGACGGCACAGCCAUCACCAAGAGCCAUCUGGAGAUUAUUUACGACACUCAAUUCGCGAACGCAAUGCUGGCGUACGUCCAAAAGGUCAUACAGAUGCAGAUCACUGAUGAGGAGCUGGCUCUGUUCUACGCCUCGCUCUUCUUCAACCCCCACCGCAGUGGACUCAACGAUAUGGCGAGAAUCAACACGCUGGAUCACGCUAUCAGAGAUGCCUUUCAGAUGGUUAUAAUCGACAGCGGCAACCCUGACGUACCCGCUCGUUUGGAAGCCUUCUCGUCUGCCGCACAGGAGGUUCGCGUGCUCGGCGCUCGACACAACGACCUGCUCUCGUGGUGCCGUGUCAACUGGCAGCGUCUGGUGUUGCCAGCUCUCUUCUCGGAGAUAUUCGACAUACCGAAAGCCGAGGAAGAAGAUACCGCCGAGGCGGAGAAAGCGUCGGCCGCCGUCUCGCAGUUGACAUAGAUCUCUAUGUACACGACUCGAAUAUUUUGGUUGCGUUUUAACAUUUAGGAUUGUCGACUUAUUUGCGUUUUCAAAUUUAUUUGCUAUGUCUUAUCUGUAAUUCAAGUUUGCAAUAGUUUUAUUCGUAUUUCAAUAUCUAGUUUACCGCAUGAUUAUUUGUGUAUUGUUGUGCUAAAUGUAUAAUUAAAGCAUUAAUAAUAAUACUUUUACUGAAAUAUGAUCCUAGUUGACUCUUGACC